CAUCCUGCUUUUGAGAGACGUUCGUGGUCCUCGGUUUGAUUACACAUUGAAAAAUCCGAGAAGAAGCAACUUCGCUGUGGUUUACUUUACCAUUUGGGGGCGAGGAUAAAGGGAGUAUGGGAUGAGACACCUCCUCCGCUUGCCAGUUCCUAAAAUGAUCCGGAUUAUGUGGCCAACAAUCUCCCCGUUCCAACAUCAAGCCUCUCCACUGUGUACCUCGUCUAUCCAGGGGGACGGCACUUGUAACGGAUCACACAGCAAGAAGCCUCUGCUGUCAGAUCCAGGACUCUUUGACGCCCAGUUCGAGGAGUUGGUGCAGGAGCUGACCGAGCAGGACCUCACUGAUCCUGUACUUACGGAUGCCCUAAAUCGGCUGAAAGAGGUUUUGCUCUACAAUGCCCCGGGAGGCAAGAGGAACCGGGGUCUGUCAGUGAUUGGCUCCUUGCGGGAGCUCGUCCCACCAACUCAGCUCACACAGGACACCGUGCAGCGCGCUCUGGUGGUCGGCUGGUGUGUUGAAUUGCUUCAGGCCUUCUUCCUUGUAGCCGAUGACAUCAUGGAUGCAUCAGUGACCCGCAGAGGACAGCCCUGCUGGUACAAGAAGGACGGUAUAGGCUUGGAUGCCAUCAAUGAUGCCUUCCUCCUGGAGGUCUCCAUUUACAGGCUGCUGCGCAGACACUGCAGGACCCAGCCCUACUAUGUCCACCUGCUAGAGCUUUUCACUGAGACAUCCUUCCAGACUGAACUCGGUCAAGCUCUCGACCUCAUGACGGCACCCCCUGGUCAGAUUGACCUCAGCAGAUUCACCAUGGAGAGGUACAAAGCUAUUGUGAAAUAUAAGACGGCCUUCUACUCCUUUUACCUCCCAGUGGCAGCAGCCAUGUACAUGGCUGGAAUCGAGGACGAAGAGGAGCACAAAAAUGCCAAACACAUCUUACUUGAGAUGGGAGAGUUCUUCCAAAUCCAGGAUGAUUACCUGGACUGUUAUGGAGACCCGGCGGUGACUGGAAAGAUUGGCACAGACAUCCAGGAUAACAAGUGCAGUUGGCUCGUUGUCACGGCGAUGGAAGUCCUGACCGCUGAACAGAGAGCAGAGUUGGAGGCCUGUUACGGGCGUCACGAUGACGCCAGCGUGGAAAAGGUCAAAGCGCUCUAUGACGCCUUGCAGAUGCCAAGCGUGUACCGCAAAUACGAAGACGAGAGCUACCAGCGGCUACAGAAGCUCAUCACCCGUCACGCUCAGAACCUCCCUCACGCCGUGUUCCUCAACUUUGCCAAGAAGAUCUACAAGAGGAACAAGUGAAAUGGGGGGGGGGGGGUGACAUUAAUGCUAAUUGUCUCAUUGUUGGGACAAUGUCACAUGACUUGGUUUUGGAAGAGAAGAGACUUUGGAAGAGACCAUGCAGGGACUUAAAGCUUGUUAAAAUAUUGUCUUAUCAUUUAAGGUUUCAUGUCUGACCUGUAUGAAUUUCUUUAGAGAGGUAUAUGUCCAGGCAGACCUACUUUCUUCAUUCUCCAUUUUUUUAUAUUGCUAUUAUCGUAGGCUGCCUUGGAUUGAAUGUUUAUUGCUUUGAAUAAAUAAUACAUGAAGUACGAUCUGCCG